UCCCCCUCAGCCUGAAGGGAGAGCGACCGCGGUGAGGGGAGACAGUUAGGCUCGUCCGUCUGUCCGGCCUUUUUUUGCCCCCCUUUUCUCCCCUCAGCUUCGGCUUCUCCGCGGGGCGCGGGGCCGUUCUCCGCCGGCCAUGGCGAUGGACACCAGCGGCAAGGAGAAGGAGGCGCUGCAGCUGCUGGCCGAGGCGGACAAGAAAAUCCGCGGCUCCCACGGCUUCUUCUCGGGACUCUUCGGAGGUGGCUCCUCCAGGAUUGAAGAAGCAUGCGAUAUCUAUGCCAGAGCAGCUAACAUGUUCAAAAUGGCCAAGAACUGGAGUGCUGCUGGGAACGCAUUCUGCCAGGCGGCUCAGCUCCACCUCCAGUUGCAAAACAAGCAUGACGCAGCUAUGAGCUUUGUGGACGCUGGCAACGCUUUCAAAAAGGCUGAUCCUCAAGAGGCCAUUAAUUGUCUCCUCAGAGCUAUUGAGAUCUACACAGACAUGGGCCGUUUCACCAUUGCAGCCAAGCACCAUAUAACCAUAGCUGAGAUCUACGAGAGUGAGCUGGUGGACAUUGAAAAG